AUGGCUACCGCCGGGGCGCGACCUGUGGAGCUGGCCUUUGCCGAGUUGGCGCCGGCUUGACUGCUGCGCAGCUAGCAGUUCCGCAGCAGGGUGGGUGUACGAGCCCCCGCCAGGCCACGCCACUCCUUCCACCGCGGCAUCUUCAGCUUCUGCUGCGGCAAGCCGCCGUGCUAUGCCAGCCUACGAGUUUCUAGGAAUCAGCUACCCAGGAAAAAUGAUUUUUAUUCAUAUGGGCCACCUUCUGAGAAUCCUCCCCCAGAAACAGGAGAAUUUGUGUAUCUCCAGCUUAAGUCUGGUGCUCAUCUCUGCAGGUUUUGUGCCUGUUUAGGCUCCAAAACUUGCUCUAGAUGCCACAAAGCGUAUUACGGCGGCAAGGAGCAUCAGACCCUAGACCGGAGAUUGGGACAUAAGCAGGCUUGUGCACAACCAGAUCAGCUGAACCUUACAACUCCAAACCACAACUUCCUUUUUCCAGAAUUUGAAAUAGUAAUAGAAGCAGAAGAUGAGAUUAUGCCUGAGGUUGUGGAAAAGGAAGAUUAUUCAGAGAUUAUAGGGAGCAUGGUUAAGCAGUUCCAGGACUUCAUUCGUUAA